AUGGACGUCAAGGCUUUAGCGAAAUCAAAUAGGGCUCACGCUCAGCGCCAUAGUAAAAAGCAUCAUCCAAAUCAGAAAGCAAAUGCUCCAGCGGUAGAUGGCGGGAAGGCAAGCGACGCCGGACCUGCAAAUAAGCCAUUGGGCAAGCAAGUUAAAGAGAAAACAAAUCCUACUCAUGGUGCCUCUGCACUCCCCACGAAUUGGGAUCGUUACGAGGAAGAAUUCGAAGCAGGUUCCGAAGAGCCAGCAGGUGAUGGGCUGAAUAGAGCCCCUGAUGUUGCUGUGCCAAUGAGUAAAGGUGCAGACUAUCGUCAUCUGAUUGCCGAGGCUAAGGCUCAGUCUGAGUUAACCAUUUAUUCAGACCCAUUUCCUUCCUCGGAUAAUGUUCUACUUGGGGACUGGAAUGAGGGGAUAGGAUCUAUGCUUUCAGUCAGGGGUGAGAGUAUUCUAUCAAGGAUUGGAGAUGAUAAUUUUGUUGUGGAGGAUAAGACUGCUGCACAUCAUGAGGUGUCAUUUCUCUCCUUGAAUUUGCAUGCUCUUGCAGAACAACUGGAAAAGAUAGCCUUACCCGAAAGGCUUUUCAUCGAAGCAGAACUAUUGCCACCAGAGCUGCAUGUGGAGGGACAAGAGGUGACCUGCAGUCAGUCCUCUGACCCGAUGCAAGCAACAUGUAAUGAGGAAGCAACCCGAGGAAUGCCUGAAGAAUCAAUUUCAGAGAAGGUCCAGGUUGCUGAUCAUGAUAUUGAGAUUACAAUAUCUGGUUCAACCGGAAGUGGGCAUCCAGACCCAAUCUUGCCUAACCUAGGAUCAGUUUCUGUGAUUCAGGGUAAUAUCAAUCCAAGUAAACUUGGCAAAUCUGAUUAUCAAAGCAAAUUAUCAGAGUCCGAAACACAAUUCAGUGUGAAAUCAUUUGAGGCAUCAACUGCAGAGGCAGAACUGGAUAUGCUUCUUGAUUCAUUUGGUGAGACCAAGAUAAAUGAUUCAUCUGGCUUCAGUUCUGUUAAAACUGUUUCAGUACAAGAAGCAGCUUUCAUGGCUCCACUUCAACUUCCGAGAAAAGCCCCAGAUUCAUCGGUACUCGCGACUGCUAACUUUGGUGAUGAGCUUGACGACUUGAUAAAUGAAACAUCCGUACAGAUCAGACAAAGUGGUCCAUCUCAAGCCCAGAAAGAAAGGGCUGUCCAUGAAUUUCGAUCAUCCCAUUCCGGGGGAACAAAGUCCGAAGAACAGGAUGAUUUUGAUUCUUGGUUGGAUACAAUUUGA